AUUUUAAACAUUUUUCUGUAAUGUUGGUCUUUGUCCUGUCUGCUAAUUGUUUUAAGCUUUUCAUGUAAGGAGAUGGUGCUCUAUUGUUAUUUUAUUUUAUUGCUUUUUGGAAAAAAAAAAAAAAAAAAAAAGACUUGAAACAACAUUGAGAAUAGAAUUAAGGAACAUAGCUAUAGAGAUUUAAUUUAAAUUCAUCAUUAGAAAAAAUAAUUUGAUUUAAAUUAGGCUAAUUCAGUUUUCCAUUGUUAGAUAUUUUUUCGGGGAAAAUAAGGUAAAUUUUUCCCCUUCAGUAUGAUCUUUGUCUUUGCAAGUUUAUACCUACACAAAGCUCUCACUGAAGUCAAUGGAGCACUGAAAAUAUUAGGUAAUUGCCUUGCACAGUUAACACUGCAGUUUGGAUCUUAAUGUGUGACUUCUCUUGGGGGGGUGAGGGGAAGGGAUUGUUUUUUUCUUUUGAUGAUGCUCAUUACUUCUGUUUUUUUUGUACUGAAUCUCCAUUUGUCUUGUCAACAUGCAAUGUAUGCAUUUAGCCAUUAUAGAUUUAUCUAAUUUAAAAUAUUUUGUAUGUAUGGUGAUAACUACUAUUUGAAUAUAAACUAUAAAUAGUUUACCUCCGUGUGCAAUAACAAGAUUUCAGUUUUCCCUUCUUACUGUCGAACGUAUUAUUUCGUUUGCAUUAAAAAUGCUUUCUUACAUACUGGUACUCCUUUUUGAUCUUAGAUAUCUCUUGAAAAAUGCAAUUAACUGCACAGAACGCUUCCAGAGUAAAGUGUUUUUACAACUGUUAGUAAAGAAAAGAUGUUUCUUUUAAGUAGCUCUGAGCCCAUAAUUUACAGAUGUGUUGAAUACAAGGGAAUUCUUACUUUUAGUAUUCCAAAUCUGAAUACAGUUUUAUGAAACAUGGCCCUACUGUUGCUGAAUUGUGCAUAGGCAGAUAACGGGAUUUAGGCAGAGCCCCAUUGACUUCACUGGGAUCAUUGUGGAAUUGAGCACCUGCCCAUUUGAAUCUGGAGUUUUUGCCUCCCUGGAGUGGAAACAUUCCAGCUAGUGGACUGAAGCUAACUUCACCUUGAGCAUCGUAGCUGUUUUGCUGUGAAAAACAGUGUAUUGAAUGAUGGAACCAUAUGCUGCAGCAAGUCCAGAAACACCUGCAGUUAAUGUGACUUACUGCAAGAGUCAGGUUUUGGUUUAAAAGUGCUGCUGACUUCCUGGAGUUUGUUAACAAUGAUCCCAGGGUACCAUUUUCUUGUCUUGCUUGCCAUAUUGUGAUCUGGAUAGUAUGAGAUUAGUGCUGUUGUAAUAAUGGUCUGGGAUAUUCUAGCAAACUUUGGCAAGUCUCCAAAAUUUCAUGGACUCUAAAACUACUUUAACUGAAGGUUAUAUUGACCUACAAUAUACUGCCUGUUCUCAUAGCCUUGUUAUAUUUUUGUCUUUGUGAAGCCUAGAUUUUUAGUAACUCUUACAACAAAAGAGCAUUUUUUGAUUUAUUCUUUGAACUUAUUCGUAAACCAUGAAGAGGAUAUUGCUGUAUCAACUUGAAGGUCUGGGUAGGCAAAAUAUAUCCGAUGAGAGCCCUGACAACUGAAAAGUUGCCCCUAAAUAAUUGACUAUAAAUUAUUCAGGAUCUUAGUUUUAUGUUUCAUCCAAACGACCUUAACACUGGUUCAGUACUGCCAGAGAGGGAAGAUUGCCGCCUAAUGAAUGAACAACACUUCCUGGUGUUUUUCUUGUGAUGAGAUCACUGCCUGACGUGGUAUGGCAACAGGCAGGUAAAGCUACAUUUUCCUGUGUCUCUUUGACAGUAGACAGUGAGUGGAAGGAGAAUAAAAUCGAAGUUCUGAGAAACCUUGUCCCCACCCCAUUUGCAGAUGACUUAUUAGACAUUUCUAAGAAAAUGCAUUACAGAUGAAUUGUCACUGUUCUAAGUCAUUCUAAAUCCCCCAGUUUCACGCAUAAUUAGCUGAACAAGUGAUUGGGUUGUGAGGACUUUUUUUUUUCUUAAUAUCAGAAUACUGUUUCCGUGUAAUUUUCUAACAGAAUCACACAUUUUAGUUUGUAAAGAUGUGGAUUCAUAUAAGUUUAACUUCCUAAGGAGUAUAUUGUGUGGAAUAAGCAUGGCUUUGGAGAUCACAGUACAACAUCUUGAAUCACCUAUGUAUCAUAUAAUGCAUUGUUAAUGGAGUCAGUUGAGUGUAUCACAAGCUUUAAAAGUAGCAAUGGCUAUACUUUACUGGAAGAUUAAAUUAUAUUGGUGGCCAGUGGUGCCAGUAAUGAAAUGUUUCAUGCGUCGAAUUGAACAUAGAGGAGAGGUAAAAUGCAACUUUGAAAACUUGGUUUUAAAAACCAUAAUAAAAUCUGAAAUUUAGAGUGCAUUUAAACAGUGGUAAAUCAAGGAAGUAUGAGGUGGGGAUCACUAUGCAAUUAAAACAAUGUUAAUUUUGUGUCAUUUAAUAAACAAUUUAACAGAAAAUGUAAUUGUAAAUGAAGUAAUAUUAUCAAGCUGUUAAAAUGUGAUUUUCUUUUGUGUGUAUGGGUAGGUUUUUUUUUUAAAUGUUAUGCUUUGAGAACACAAAGGUUGAAAGAUAACAAAGAUGCCACCCUAAUCAUUCUAAAUUUUAUGUCCACAUUAUCUGGUAGAUGGAUUUUGACUAUUAAUUUGGUUUUGUAUGUUUUCUCUGUGUGAUAUUUGUGCAUUAUUAGAUGACUAGACUGGCCAAGGCAGACCUGUUACACUUGCCUGAGUUAGGCAUUGUUUGCCAUGCCACUAAACCUGCCGUCAAGUGAAACCUUCAUGGGGGAAAUGAGAUCGAAGUCUGGCCUGCUGAAGAUGGACGCCCUGUCUCUGUUUUUAUUUUAUUUUGCUUUCUUUCCUUUGUUUUUUUUUUUUUUCUUUAUUAUUUUUUUUAAUUUAUUUUUAUUUUAUUUUGUCCCUUUUUGUUUUGUUUUGUUAAAUCUCUUUCCCUUGUACUUGUGAACUGGUACUUCAGUUCUGUAAAAAUGGUGUUUUGUAAAGGGUUCGCAGUGCUUCAUUUUGAAGUUGACCUGAAGCUGCUUAUGAAUGGUGGAUGGUAUACACAGAGUAUGAUUAACUUAUUUUUAUGCUGUGAGUUACGGAUAAAUUUGGUUUUGAAUACAUGUAAGCAUCUAAAUUCAACAGAUGAGCAUAUUGUGUCAGAAGGCUGGAGUAGCGAAAAAUAGUUUUAAGAUACGUUGUUUCAUAUGUUACACUUUACAAGUUCACCUUGGAAAAGGACACUUAAAACUCUUACUUUCUGGAGACAUUAACUUUGCAAAAUACAGUCAUGAUCUUUCUCUGCUAUUUGCCCCACUUCUCAGCAGACUAGUUUUUAUUUUAGGUUGCAUGGUCUGUUUAAAAGAAGGCUUUCUAUUUAUGUCUAAUAUAAAGAGUUUAAAAUAUAAUUAUUUCUGAAAUUGCAAUUUCAUGGAUAUUGAAUGUCAUGAAAUACUUGCUUCUGAUGAAAUCUUGCUCCAGUGAGGUCAGUGGCAGUAAAAUUUCAUCCUUUUGUUUUUACAAUUUUUAGAAAGACUGUAUACCACUCAUAAGUACAAAUGCAGCCCGAGGUUUAGAUUGGAAUGUGUUAUAUGAGGCACAUUGUCUUUUAACAUUGUUAUUUGUGUGAAGAUUGAAUCAGUUCUGUAUGCGUGUGUGUGUGUAUGUAUGUGUAUGUGUUGCACUUUUACAUGCUCCAGUGGUGGUUAUGUGAAGAAGUUUUAAAAAAAAAAAAGUCAUCUUAGUUAUCUCAAGCCCUGGUAGUUGAUGAUGCUGGAGUGACUGAGAAGGUUAUCGUCUUUAGAUAUGUUCUUUCUUGUGGAAUGGAACCCCUACAGCAGAAAUGGUGGGCCAGGUGGUAUGUUUCAUCCUCAGGCAUUUCUCUUCCCAGCUAAGUGCAUUGAGAUCAGUUGGUUUCAGUUUGGUAAUGCACUAGGCUGUGAACUGAAGAGCUUUGCCUCAUAAUCUUUGUUUCAUUUAUUUUGAAACCUUGGCAGUUGAGGUUGUUGCCAGUAGUUCUAAUGUGUUUAAUCACUGCUGUUAAAUCCAAUAACAAUCAUGAAUUGGAUCACACAGAAAUUAUUUUAUUUCAAAGUGUGCAUUUGCCACUGACAUAAAAUAGCAGGAAAAUACCAAUACCUAUAAUUAUGUUUAAAGUAGAUAUGAAAAUAUUUUAAAACAAACUCACUUAUUGCUGAAGCAGUUUUGAGGGGAGGAUUAAGCAUGUAGUUUAAGUAUGAAAAACAGGAAGUUAAUUUGUUCUGAGCAUUUGGAAGGAGAUAAAAAUACUGUGAUUACUACCUGCUUAACACAAAUACUUUUGUUCAUCAUUUAGCAAAGUGGAUUCUGGUACGGACUCAGUUGGCUAGGACUCUUAAGCGCUCUGAUACAAAAAAAAAAAAACAGUUAUUUAUAUUUAGGACAACAGUACAUCUUCUAAGGAGCAUAAGCUAUUUUUAGUCAGUGCAGAACUAAUAUACAUGUGCUUCCAAAUUCCAUCACAAAGCAAAGAGUAAUUAAGUAAAUGAUCAUAGAAUCUGUAAUUUGCUAAACAAUCAAAAGCUUCUAAGAAAUAUUACUAAUAUGUGGUAUAUAUGACAUUUAUUUUGUCUGUUUCCCUUAUUAGAAAAUCAGUAUCUUUACCUCAUUUCCAUUAAGCCGAAGUUUAAAAAACAAAUCUGUUAUUCUUAAAUAAUUCUUAAAGUAUCCUAACUUACUGUAUCAUAACCCACAUGUUUUGUUGUAUAUCUGUGUGGGCUUAUAUUCUUUUAUAAACUUAGGGAGAUAAAGCUCUAAAAACUUAGUCUGUUUUUAAUUCAUGAGGUUAGUUGGUCUCUCAUACUCAUUUGUUCAGUAAAGUAGAUGUGCAAGGUUUUCCUCCCCUGUCCCAGUUUAUUUUCUAUGGAAUUAUUUAAAAAUUUGACCUGAUCUUAAAAACUGGAGGGUGAACCUGUGAAAAUACAGUGUCUCUGAAAAUACAGGCAAAUUUUCAGAGUUCUGUUUGUAGAGUUAGACCCUUCUGCAAUAAAAUGAACCAGCAGAUCUUUGUUUGUGGCGUGGAACUGACCGGCUGGAUUUUCUAGUAAAACAAAACGUUACACUAUUUAGAGCCCUAAGUAUUCUGGACAUAAUGCUGCUAAUUUGUAAUUAAUAUAUGCAUACUCUGCAUUCUUUUAACUGCUAUAAUAGUUGACUUAACCGAAAAGUGCUCAGCUGGUUCCUUAAGCAACAUUUGUGCAAAUGAGUAAUUCCUAUUAUUUCAAUAAGGUGUCCCAUAUGCCUAAAGUUUAGGCUUGUAUUUAAGUAACUUUCUGAACUUAACUCACUGUAUGUUUAAUUGUGUGCCUAACUCGGUUCCUGUUUAUAUUGAAUUGGCUGUAUGUAAGUGCAUAUUUAAAUUAGGCAUAUGUUUAUGUACAUUACAGACCAAGGAUCAAAAGUAGCAUGCAGACACACAGUUUCAGGAGCCCUUUCUGUUACUGAAUUUACUUGAACCAUGUGUGUUGAUCACGUGGAAACCUGCUUAAGUAUCCAGUUAAUUGCAAGAAGCUCUCUGUUCAGGAUUAGGUCUGAUAGUUAGUGGUCUGGUUCAUUAGUCAUCUGAAAACACUUAAGUAUUUUGAUUUUUCAGAAGAACUAGUAUAUAAUUGUAUGCCUAAUUUGCAUGCACAGUUACUGGAACUGUAUAUUGGAAAGACUGUUUAGUUAGCUACCUCAUAGGCAGGAUAUGCACCAAAGUACAUGAUUCUUGUGAGCAGUCAGGCAGAUCAGGUACAGCAGAUCAGGUACACCUCUCCUUGCAUGCCUGACUUCAAAACGAGUGCUGAACAUUGUGGUGAUUACUCGGAUUCAUGCAUGUUUUCUAAAAAGCCCUGGAAGACAUGACUGCAGAGUUAAUUCUUGAGUGCUAAUAAUUUUCCUAUUUUUUUCCUAUAGAUAGCAAAAUCAAGUGGUUUGUUACAUGUUAAAGAGCAAGGUGCCUAAAAACUUAAAAUAAAUGUAAAUAGGAGGCAUGAGAAAAAGAUGGGUACUGUUACUUUAUCUUUUCUAUUCCACACAUGCUGCAUAUAAAUUAAUUUUCAUUUAGAUUUGUUUUGUCCUUUGGUCACAUCCAGUUGUAACCCAGUCCAUGCUGCAGAUCUGUAUUACUGUUUUGCAGUACCUUUUUCGUCUUUUUUUUUUAAUAGUAUAAUUCUUGCGAGGUAUAUUGGAACUCAUGUAGCUAAAACUACACAGUGUUUUAAAACUUAUCUAAUAUUUUUCUUUUUGAUAAGAAUAUUAAUAUUUUCAUUUUCAAAUCUUGUAGUUAGGGGUUUAUAGCUAAAAAAUACAGUUUUAAUCAGUACAGUUUUUGUAGACAUCUUGGCUAUUAAAAAAAGUUUAAAUAAAAACAUUUGGUUUAUUAAAGCGCAUGUGGUAGUACCAAAAGGCUCAGUGGCUUAGCAUAUAUACAGUUAUGCCAGCAAUUUUGAAUAAAUCUUAGAUGUGUAGUAUAAUUAGAACUGCAUUCUGUAGUUUUUCUUCUGAUUGUUUAGUGUUUGUAUCAGUUAAAAUCCCUUUGCAUUUCAAACUUAAUAGGCACGUUUAAUUGUUCAACUAUUGCAUCUUUUAAUUUUUGAAGAUUUUUGGGGUUAAUUUAGCAGUCUAAUUAUAUCUAACUUUUUAAUGAAACCUAUGUUUAGUAUCUAAAUUAUGAUUACAUAUAUUUAAACGGUUAUAAUGAUAGGGAGAAGAUAAUCUGGUUGAAAUAGUAUAAAAUGCAUAUUUUAGGAAUAUAUGGCUUUCUUAGCUGAUUUUUUAUGAUUUUCUUCAAUCUCUGUAAAUUUACAGCUAAUCUAUCAAAGUUUCAGAUAAACUGAGAUGACCUAGAAUAUAAGACAGUACAAAUCUAAAUUUUUCUGCGCUCCCCUUUCCUUCCCCCAGCUUUACUUGUAGUGUGUAUUGUGUGGAGUCACAGUAGUUCUUAUUUUAUUUAUUUUUACAUCAGGAGUAGGUAGCUUCAGAGAGAAAAAAAGCACAAAUUUCAGUUAGCACAUACAUGUUUUUUCUUUUUUUUUUUCUUUUACUGAUUUGGUUAUUUGCCAUUUCUGGGGAUUAAACUUUAAAAAAUGUUCUUCUUUUCUGUAUCUGAUGUUCUGUGUGCUAUUAGUGAUGCAGCCAACACGAACGGUUGUCAUGUGUAAAACAACUUUCGAUCACCGCGAAAACACCGCCCUGGGAAAGCGUCCAUGCUUGAUAUCGUUUGGUUCAUGAACAUUAAGUUUCCAGUACAGGUAAAAUCCCAGAUGAAGCCAAAGCCCUUUCUUUAUUGGCACCUGCUCCUACUAUGACAAGCCUGAUGCCUGGUGCAGGGUUGCUUCCUAUACCUACACCAACACCUUUGACUACACUUGGUGUUUCACUUGGCACUUUGGGAGCAAUACCAGCGGCAGCACUGGACCCUAACAUAACAGCACUUGGGGAAAUACCACAGCCACCAAUAAUGGGGAAUGUGGACCCAUCCAAAAUUGAUGAAAUCAGGAGAACAGUAUAUGUUGGAAACUUAAAUUCCCAGACUACCACAGCGGAUCAGCUGCUUGAAUUCUUUAAGCAAGUUGGAGAAGUCAAAUUUGUGCGAAUGGCGGGUGAUGAGACUCAACCAACACGGUUUGCUUUUGUGGAAUUUGCAGACCAAAAUUCUGUACCUCGAGCUCUUGCCUUUAAUGGAGUUAUGUUUGGAGACAGGCCACUGAAAAUAAAUCACUCCAAUAAUGCAAUAGUGAAGCCUCCUGAAAUGACACCACAAGCUGCUGCCAAGGAACUGGAAGAAGUGAUGAAGAGAGUAAGGGAGGCCCAGUCUUUUAUAUCUGCUGCUAUUGAGCCAGAGUCUGGAAAGAGCAGUGAAAGAAAAGGCGGUCGAUCUCGUUCCCAUUCUCGUUCAGAAUCCAGGUCUAGCUCAAAAUCCCGAUCUAGAAGGAAAAGAUCACAUUCAAAACACAGAAGUAGGUCUGGCAACAGAUCACUCUCAAGACACAAGGACAGACGCAGAUCCAGAAGUCCCCUAAAAAAACGGUCUAGAUCUAGAGAAAGGCGGAAAUCAAGAAGUCGAUCACGUUCUCGGGACAAGAAAAGAGACAAAGAAAAGGUCAAGGAAAAAGAAAAGACCAAAGAAAAGGAGAAAGAGAGAGACCGAGACAAGGAAAAGGAAAGAGACCGGGACAGAGACAAAGAAAGGGAAAGAGAUCGAGAUAAAGAGAGAAACAGGGAUAAGGACCGGGAUAAAGAUAAAGAGCGUAACAAAGAUCGAGAGAGAGUCAAAGACAAGGAUAGGGAUAGAGACAGGGACAAGGAUAAGGACAGGGACAAAGAAAGGGAAAAGGAAAAAGAUAAGGAUAAAGAAAAAGACAGGGAAGAGGUAGAUCAGAACAAGGAAAAAGAAGAUGUUGAGAAAGAUGGGGAGAAGGACAGAGAGAAGAUGAAGGACAAGGAGGGAGAUAAAGACAAAGGAGGGGACAGAGAAAAAGAAAAGGAAAAAGAUGGGGAGAAGGAAAAAGAGCGAGAAAGAGAAAAAGAGAGGGAUGAUAAAAAGAAGAAAGAGAAGAGAUCCAGAACACCCCCAAGAAGCUAUAGCUCUUCAAGAAGAUCUCGUAGCUCCAGCAGAGAAAGGCGUAAAAGGAAGAGUAGAAGUCCCUCCAAGUCUCCUAAGACAUCCAAAACAACAAAAAGAAAGUCUUCACGAACUCCUUCUCCAAGAAGAAACAAGAAAGAAAAAAAAAGAGAAAGGGAUACAAAUAAUGAAAGAAGAGAAAGAGAACGUUCCACCUCCAAGAAAAAAAGUAGUAAAGAAAAAGAGGGAAAGGAGAAAUCUGACAAAAGCACCACUACUUUGAAGGACAAAGAUUACACUAAGGAGGAUCAGAAUUCAGAAACUGAGAAGGAUAUUGACAACAGAGAUACGCAAAGGACAGAUGAAGUCAAACUACAACAGAAUGGGAACUGUCAACCAAAUGAAGAUAACCUCUCAAUUAAAAUGGAAGAGGUUUAAAGCAAAGAAUGAACCUCUAACUCAACUAAGGAAUGAAAUCCAAAGCUUUUUAUUUCCCAGAAUGAGGAAGAAAAUGUCAAAGCAAUCAACCUGAACAUGUUGGUAGUAAUAGUAGCUCUUCCAAUUCUUGUGAUAGCUUUGUUGUCUUCUUGCUGUAAAGCAAGAAGGCAUGGAUAAGUAAGUAGUUAUACCAUGAAAAUGCAGAUGCCAUCAGAACUAUUCAUCUCUGAAAAUCCACACAUUUCCAUGAUGGCUGUACUUAUUGGUAAAACGAUUUAUGUUAAGUUUUGCCAUAGGCUGUUACAAAUAAGUAGAAACCGAAAGAUGUAAACCUGUACUAUCUUUAAAAAAAAAAAAAAAAAAAAAAAAAGCUGAAGAUAUGCAUUGAAGGUUGUUUAAAAUAUUGCUUGUUGAUGACUCUUGUGUUUUACCUUGUGGGUUAAAAAAUCCACAAAAACUUCAAUGUGUACUGUUUGAUGUGCUUGGAAAUGGUGCAUAAAUAUACACUUUUGUUGUAAAAGGCAACUAUAGGAAAGGUUUUUUUGGUUUUUAUGUUAAAAUGCUCACUGACUAGUAUGUUUCUCAUUUGCUCACUGCUUGAGAUUCUUGGGUUUUAUUAUUUAAAAUAAUUUCUUACUAAUAUCCCUAAGCUCAAUAUUUCCUUUAAAGUAUUUGAAAAAUGCAUGCUACUUUUCUGUUCCUAAAAGGAACAUUGCCAUGUAUAAUGAUAAUAGGUUAGCUUAUUGGGUUAUUUUGGGGGUUGUUUUGUUGUUUUCUUUUGUUGUUCCGGAAGUGAGCACAUCUGUAUGAUAUCAUCAGAAAUUACAGCUUUGUUUUGAGAUGUACUGCAGUGUGUCUGUUCAGCUGCAAAUAGUACAGGUGCCAUUAUGAAAACAUUUUUUUCUUAUUUGUUUAAAAAAUAUGGGAGCACAAGCAGAAGCUUUAGUGCCUUCUUAAAAUGUGGUAUUUUCUAGAAAUGUAUAUGUGCUAUUACUCAUUUUCAGCUAAAUUUUACAUCAUCUCUAUUGCUGUUUUGCCACCACCAUACUGUAGACAAGAAUGCAAGUGAUUUGUCAGAAUGGAUGUUUAAUUCACUUCUUUAAAUACUAAGGCUCCAUUUUUACAUUUAUUUUUUAUUAUUAGAAAAUAUAUAGGUGAAAGCAAAGAUACAUUUUGGGGACCACCACUGUACAAAUAUAGUAGCUGAAUAAAGAGCAUUUUCUGGUCACCUGCAUCAAAGGCAGCCCUUUAGAUAUUUAAUUACAUUUGGAUGGCCUUAAUUGUUACCUCUCCAUUUUCUCUGUUAUACAUUGGGUGAUAUAAAAGGAAUUGUAUGCAAAGCUGGGGGGAUAAAUAAUUUGGGAGAAAAUGUUCUAAUUUACACAAGAGUUAUAUGGCAGAGAUUCUUUUUUCAUUCUUUGGGGAGAAAGCAUAUAGGAAGAUAAUGACAAAGCAGAUAUUUUUGUCAAGUAAAAACCUGAUUUGUGCUCUCUGAACUAAUGUAAUCAGUUUCAUCAUUGUGAGAUUUUGUAAGAGUCAUACUUAUAAACCUACUUAUACCUAAAAUCAGGUAGAUUAUUUUUAAUACAACUUAUUACAAUCAAAUGACUUAAUUGCCUUACCUCAUGGAAAGAGUUUCUUUGUUAAAACAAAUAGCAUAUUAGCGAUUUGAUUUCAAUUUGUUUUUCUUUUCCUUUGUGUAGUUAAUUUUUAUGAAAAAAAAGCAUAUUACAGGGAAUGAAGAAUUUGCCCAAUUCCUAAGGUAAUGAAACCCAGUUUGAUUGUGAAGCUGCUUAAUCACUCUUCAUUUUUGAUAGGAUUUACCGUUCUUGCCACUGUGUACAUUUAAGACUAUAGAAAAUGCUUUACCAUGUAAAGUAUAGACAGUCAUUUUUGUGUGUUUAAGCCACAUGCUGUUGGCUGGUAAACAGCUUAUUCUGAUAAAAAGAAUGACAAAUCUGUAUGCUUAUAGGAAGACUGUGAAAGAUUGUGUCUUGCAACAACAGCUGUCUUAUUUAUGAUGUGUAAGUAGCAUAGAGCAAAGAGAUUGUUUGUAUACUUGUUAUCUUUGGUACCAUUUCACUAAUAAAAUUAAGUAUUUUAGAGGGAAGUUUCUGCUGUUACAUACUUAUUAAAGGAAUAUUUUCAGUUGAUCAUCUGGUCUUAUUCAGGAAGUUUCUUUUGAUGUGAAAAGUGGAUGUAAGUUAAAAUAUACAUUUAUUAUUUACAAUAUCUUUGAAAAACUAAGUCUCUUCUUCUCUGGGAUAAAUUAGAAUUCUCUUAGUAUAUCAUGUUUCAGUUGCUAGUUUGAUUUCCCGAGUUUGUUAUCCUGAAGUUGCAUAGCUCUAUUAUAUAGCAAUUACAGAAUAUGUAAAGGUUUGUGCACUCUUAGCUAAGAAAUAUGGCUUUGAAAAUUCAUAGUUAAGGGUGGCAGUUUUACUAGCUAAUUUAUAACGUGGAAGUCUGUAUGCAGCAUAUUGUGUUAUAUUGUAUGUGAAUUAAUGGUCCCCUUAGAAAAGUUUAAAGUAAGAAUGGAAAAACACAAAACAAAACAAAAACACAAAACAACAACAACAAAAAAACCACCACCAAAUACACGCAUUUCCUCCCCACCCCAAGCUGUAUUUUCUUACAAAUACUGUAUUUUCUGGUUUUGCUUCAUAAAUACUGUGUAGAUCUAUGAGGAUAGCUGUAUCUAUUUGUAUUAGGUGUUCGAUUGUUUUGUUACAUUUGUCAAAAGCUGCCAUUAGAAAACUAAGGUUGUGCAAAAUACCCAUCUCUGCAGAGGGGGCAGAUCAUUUUUUAAACCAAUAGUGUAGCACAGUAAUGAAGUUCCUGCUUGCUCUGCUGUGUUUGUGUGCAUAACCCAUUAAAGGUGUCCAUCGUCCACUGGAAAUCUGUUGCCUUCGUUGUAACAAGGUUGCAUGCUGAGAUGCGGCGUCAGGUUAUUUGUUUUUGCACUUUUUGAGUUAAAUAAAAUUGAGUGAAGAUUGUGAGAACAGCAUAGUUCAUGAUAGCUGUAUUGUUUUAAAUGUGAUUUCAUUCGACUUGGCCUUUGAAAACACGACUCAUAAUUGCUCAGAAAAAAGACAAUAUGGUGCCAUAUUGCUAAGAAUGUUUGAAGCAUGUAUACAGAAGCUUCCAUUUCUGACCAGAGUUAUCUCAAAACCAUUUCUGGAAAACAGAUAGGAUUUUUGUUUGGAUUUUUAGAAGGGGAAGGUAGCAGAAGACAACUGUUCACAGAUAAAACAGGAUCCCAACCUCAAAAUAGAAGUGGCUGUCAGUUAAGUCAAUAGAUUUACACAGGUGUGAGGGCUGAAAUUUUGUUCGCAAAUAUUAAUGAUAAUAUGCGUAAAGAAACUUGUUUUUCAGAUUUUGGAAUUAAAAUGGAGGAGGUCAUUUCAUUUGGAAAGUGGUAACAUCU